AGUUGCAGGCAACAGCUAGUGGUAUAUUAUGUAGUAUUGCGCCGGCCCAUCAUUUCGAAAGCGGAACUAAGUACAAAUCCCCGGCACUUAAGUUGAACAAAAAUAGCGGCCGUCAGCACAGGUUUUCAGUAAAGGAUUUUCCGUGGUUACCUGCGAAAUUCAAAUUCUUGAUUAUUUUUUUAAAAUAAACAUUCUCCACAUUCUCAACAUUUGUUGAAUCAAUUAAACCUAAGAUGACAGCCGCCACUUUGGUUCAACAUAUGUGCCGCGAAUUGUACAACAUACAAGUACCUACUUUGCAUCACCUCAAUCAUUGCCAUUCAUAAUAAAUCGUCAUGAGCUCAUAACUUGACCUUCAACUUUGAUCAAAUUCGCAACAUUACCAUACUAACAUAACUUAUAUAUAAGAUUUUUAGGGUUACGUACCACAAAAAGUAAAAACCGAACCUUAUAAGACGGGACACUUCGUUGUCCGUCUUUCCGUCCUUCUGCCUAGACUCUUCCUCAGGAACGGUCAGUACUCAGAAUGCAGAAAUAAUAUCAAAUCAAAGAGAUACUGGUAUCAAGUAGAAAAACUAAAUUUACUUUUUCAGCUGUGAAAAUAAUCAAAGUUCGAAGUCAACCUGAACAAGUCUAGCAGAUCCUGGGCUCCGACGCUCAACGACUGAGAAAUCCGGAAACAAUGCGAUCAAAAGAUGCAACUAAAAUAAGCGACAUAAGACUAAAUAGUUGCCCUAAAAUUAUAUAAGCACUCUAUAUGAAUUGGUAAUAUUAAAUAGCUUUACUGUCUAGCCUAGCUAACUAGCGUACAACGUCCCCUCAGCCUAUCACUUUGUAUAUAAAAGAUUACAUUGGAUAAGUCCAUCGUUGUAUCUUUCUUGUAUUAUUUUAAAUUUAUAUAUGUUUUUUCUUAAGUUAAAUAUUACAAUCAAACCAACAAAAAUAUGAAAUUUAGCAUUUUGCAUCACACACUACAGUACAUGUCAAAAAAUCAAUCUGAAAACCAUAACCCCAAGUAAAGGGUUUAAAAUAAAAACGAACUAAGAAAAUACUAUUGUGGCUUACAUUACAUAAUAUGAACGGAAUUAUCACUACAAGAGUUUUUUAUCAGACAGCCCUACCCAGUCCCUAAUACAAAUAACGUGAAUGUCAUCCAUUUGACGACGACGGCACAUCACUAUUGGCGUUCUAUCUCUCUCACACAAGUGGUUUUCUCAUAUCUUCGCUCGCUCGUUCUCAGAGACCGGCGACCCAGCCAGCUAGCGAGCCAGUAAAAAAGUUUUGUUUUAUCUGACAUUUUGCUUUGCGUACGCAAACGCGACUGUGCUGUAAAAUUCGUAUUUAAUUUUUUAAAAUUAAUUGUAUUUAAAAUCUUGUAAUAAACAAUACUGAAAAUAAAUUAAUUUGGAUCUUCCAUCCCAUAGGAUCUAAACUAGUGACGUUUCUAAAUUAAUCUCGAGGUUAGAUUUUAUUUUGAAAUCAUUCAUUGUUUUGUUUUGACCUACAACCGUGAUUAAUUUUUUUUUCUAUCUUGUUUCUUAUUCGAAUUCGUAAUUUAUGAACUUUUCAUUAAAAGUGAGUGACUGUGUAAUUUGAAAUUUCGUUUCAACCAUUAUUUUUCCCUGUGAAAUCAAUGAAAGUGAUGCUGUGUUAUGGUUAUGAUAAAUCGUGAUUUUUUUCUAAAAAUAGUCUUUGGACGCUGUUAUAGGGCAGUGUGAUUGUAAAUUUGGAUUUCAAAGGACUUUCACACAACAUAAUUCUUAGUGAUUGCCUUGACAUGAAUUUUACACACACGAUGCCGUUUCCACUGACGUAGUGUUCAAAUGAAGAAGACUGGUGUAGGGCCUAAUUUUUCUAUUGUUAUGGUGUGCUCUAAUAGCCGCUAAGAUGAAGUCGUGGGCGGAGGCCCUGGGGCGAGGUGCCUCCGCGCACAUGCCUCGCGUAGGGCGCCUGCGCCGCGCCAUGUGGCUGCUAGCCGCCGCCGCGUGCACCGCUGCUGGCCUGCUGUAUUGGAGACAGCAAACCAACGAGCUCGCACAUCGGCCGCUGCACAAUUUGUACUCGGGCAUAGAACCUCAAUGGACUUGGAUCUGUCGCAGCGGUCGAUGCGAGCGGCUGCCGGCGUUAGAGUCUACGACGUUGCGGUCCCUGCAGUCGUGCAACAUGUUGUGUGCGUCCACGCAGCUGUGGCCGCAGCCCACCGGCUCCGCCAGCCUCGCCAUCAACGCAGUCCCAGUCAGCCCAGACCUCAUGACUCUUCAAAUAUCUGCCUCUCCUUCUCACGCCGUCUUUAACCACCUCAAUGAUGCUUUCAAACUUUUCAUAAACGACUUACGGCAGUUAGGUGACCCGAAAUACACAGAAGUUAAACGAACAGAUAUCGGCACCACCCGACAGAUGAUCAUACGCGUUGCCGUCAACGGCAGCGCUGAUCCACGGUUACGCCUCAAUACAGACGAAAGCUACAAACUGGUGAUAAAGCCCACAAGAACUUCCUUAGAAGUAGACAUCACCGCACACUCUUUUUGUGGCGCGCGACACGGAUAUGAGACUCUAUCGCAACUCAUCUGGUUCGAUCCUUACGCGGGAUCUUUAUUGGCGCUCGAAGCGGCGACCGUUGACGAUGCUCCUAAAUUCAAUUUCAGAGGACUACUCCUUGAUACAGCUCGCAACUAUUUCCCGGUAGGUGAAAUAAAACGCACCAUCGAUGCAAUGGCUGCUUGUAAGUUAAAUACUUUUCACUGGCAUGUCAGUGACUCGCAGUCGUUUCCUCUGAAACUGGACAGCGUUCCACAGUUAGCUCAACAUGGUGCUUAUGGCCCGGGAGCUAUAUACACUAUGGACGAAGUUAGAGACAUAGUGCGACACGCGAGAUUGCGUGGAAUACGUGUGUUGAUGGAAGUUGAUGCGCCGGCGCACGUGGGCCGCGCGUGGAGCUGGGGCCCGGCCGCCGGCAUGGGUCACUUGGCUUACUGUGUCGAAGCAGAGCCCUGGAGCGUCUACUGCGGGGAACCCCCGUGCGGACAGCUCAAUCCCCGUAACCCCCACGUCUACGAUAUUCUCCAAAGAAUCUACUCGGAGAUAAUCCAAGUGACGGGAGUAGAUGACGUAUUCCAUAUCGGCGGGGACGAAGUCUCGGAGCAUUGCUGGACCCAACACUUCAACGACUCCGACCCUAUGGAGCUCUGGUAUGACUUCACAAAGCGCGCUUUAGUCGCCUUACAAAAAGCGAACAACGGCAAAGCACCAGAAUUAACAUUACUCUGGUCGUCGAGGUUGACACGCAGUCCGUACCUCGAACGGUUAGACAACAAAAACAUAGCGAUACAAAUAUGGGGCUCGUCCAAAUGGCAGGAGUCACGAGCCGUGCUCGAUGCAGGUUUUCGAUCGAUAAUAUCACACGUGGACGCUUGGUACCUGGACUGCGGCUUCGGGUCCUGGAGGGACAACUCGGACGGGCACUGCGGGCCCUACCACUCGUGGCAGCAGGUGUACGAGCACCGGCCCUGGGCCGAGGAGACGCCGCUGCCGGCCAUGACCCCGGACAUUCAGCCGUGGCGGGUCGAGGGCGGCGCCGUGUGCCAGUGGACGGAGCAGCUGGGCCCGGAGGGGCUGGACGCGAGGCUGUGGCCGCGGUCGGCCGCGGCGGCCGAGAGACUAUGGUCGGACCGCGACGAGGGCGCCACCGCCGAUGUGUACCUAAGAUUGGACACUCUACGCUCGCGGUUGACGGCAAAAGGAGUGCGCGCGGCGCCGCUGUGGCCGCGCUGGUGCUCGCAGAACCCGCACGCGUGCCUCUAGCCGCCGCCCCCCACGCCCCCGCCUCUGCCCCCGCGCUCCGCCGCCGCGCGCUCGUAGGCGAGGAGCACAUGGUCGUACAACACUGUUGUGCCAUGAAAAGAAGGCUCCAAAAUACUCGUCACGGACGCCGUAUUACUUAAAUAACUAUGCGAAUUGCGCAAUGAUUUCAUCGCUGCCUAGUUAUCGAUCUAUGUAAUCGCUGUCGAUCUGUGUAAAAUCAAAGAAACAAAUAUGAUUUAAGAGCCGCAACGCGUGAUUAACAUAUGAGAUUGAUAGAUUGAGUACUUGCCCGUAGUUAGACGUAGAUCACAUUGUUGUACAUAAUAAUAGAAGACAAGACUAAUAAUAAUAACAACUAAUCUCAACAUAAGCUAGAUAGAAAUUUGUACAGAGCAUGUAAGUAGUAUUUAUUUAUUGAAUUGAGUUCAUCAAAUAAUGCAGUGGCGAGCAUUACAAUGUUAUGUUUGUGCAAUAGCGAAAAAGGUACCUAUAGAAGUAUAGAAAUAGAAUAUAGUGUCAAAUUAGGCUUCUAUGUUUCUGUACUUACAUGACUCAUAUGUAUAUUGUUAUAUGCGUAAAAUUGUAUUAAAAAGAAAUUUCAUUAUAGUAUUUAUGUGUGUGUAACAACACAUUUUCAUUAUUCUUACUACUAUGCAAUAAUCAGAAUACUUAGAUAAAUGCACGAAAAUACAAUUUCGAAAAUGCACAAAAUAAUAAUAACAUACGUUAUGUUAUAUACUAGCUAAUCCUACAUGUAUUGUCCUAUGCUUAGGAAAAACUCUACAUUCUGUUUUGAUUCGAUACUAUUCAUCUAAUCUGACAUUCUUCUUUAAUAUUCUGGUGCCCUUUUACAGAAAAAAUCUGUAAAAGGGCACCAGAAAUUGCUUGCGAUGUAUUUUUAAAAGUCGUGUUGGAAACUGAUACUGUAAUCCAAUAGAAUAGCUUCCAUUUAGAUACAUGAGGUCGCUAAACAACUAAAGUCGCAUUUGUUUCUAAUAAUUUACGGUCACAAAUGUAAUAAAAAAGGCUUCCCUUUUUUAAAAUACAUUUUUAUAUCCUCUGUGCGAAUAAAUAAAAGGACAAUUUACUCUCUAUAUGUCACAAAUUUAAAAUAUAUUUGACAAAUAUUAUUGAAUGUUUUUUAAAUUGUUUACAUAGUAUAUAUCGGUGGAAUAAAAAUUAUUUGACGGCGAAUUUAUGCGUGUCUGUAUACCGCACGUGCCAACUUUACGAGUUUUGUCUUGAACUCAUGAGUAGAAACCGAUUUGAAAUCUACAUAUAUUAUUCUGUUCUUGUCUAUCUAUAUGUGGGAAUGUAUUGUAAUGCAAAUCUUAUAUUAUCACACUAUAUUUUGUAUCUGAUUCAUUUAAACACUUAUAUUUAUGUCUGUAUGAAUUUAUUUAAGUCGGUAAAUACAGUAGUACCGACAAAUCACAUUUUAUUACUUUCUAGAGAUUUCAAUCAAUCAAAUUUUAAUUUAAAAAAAAUCAUAAAAUCUUAAAUCUAUUUACUAUAUUAUUUCUUAACAAAGUAUUGUAUGUAUAGAUAGAAUUUUAUAGAUAGACUUUUGAAAGAAAUGUAUUCAUUUAGAAAACAUUUGUUGUAUCCAGUUACAUAUUUACCAAAAAAUCUAAAAUCAAAACAAACUAAAUCUUACUAUAUAAUAUAGCCAGUUUGUUUAAAUAUUUUAAAAAUAUAGGUUCGUCUUUUUAUUCAUAUAUACAUUUUAAAAUUCAAUCUAUCUUUUGACGUUGCAAAUUAAUAUUCAUAAAAAUCACCUACCUACUAUAAUCGUUUGUAAUUUGCCAAGAUAAUUUUAAACUGUAUAUUUCAAUGAAAAGAUAUCUUGAUUGAUUACCUUUUUGAGAAAUGACUUUUUGAGAAACGGGGUACAGUUAUAUUACCUAUAAAUUUUGCCGCUUGUUUAAAUCAUCAUAUAUAACUAUUUUAUUUUUUUUCCAACAUGGUGGCCGACGUCGGUACACCUAGAUGUGUGCUUUUCACAAACUUACAUAAUAAUAGGUAGGUACUUAGUAUUUACAAAAUGUUUAAAUUUUAAUUUUUUAAACGUUUUUCUUAUUAUGAAAUAUUUUAUAUGCCCACCACAUAAUAUAUAAUUUAGUAGGCUGUUUUUUUUUGUAAAUAUACUUAACUUUUUUAAACUGCGCGAUAAUUUUGAGAUUCGUAUUUAUUUUUUUGUAUUUGUUGGAAUUGUGUCGACAUUUGGAAACUAUGUUGUUUAAAUUCACGGCUAAAUACUGGAAACAGUUUAUGUAAUGAAUUCCUUAUAGGCCGAUGCAGACCGAAUGCGGCUUGUGUGUGUGAAACAGAGACGUUAACUGUAUGGAAUAAAAUCUUCUAAGAUCUUCAUACCACAAGAGACAUUAGUAAUUCUGUAUUUAAAUUGUAUUUAAGUAUUGGCGGUUUAUAUGUCACAAAGUUACGUGGUUAUAUGAAUUUAGAAUUUACAUAAAUUUCUCAAGCCCUAGAUAUACUCGCGCUGCGAAUACUACAAAACUACUAAUAGAUACUUGAGACAUAGACAGUCACCACGCGUAUCGCGGCGUGAGUCUUUUUGGGGCUUCCGAAUCAAUGGGUGUGAAUAAAGAAUCGAGCACAAUUUUGUACAUUUUGUAUGUAAUGUUUGGUGCUACAGUGAUUUCAAUGGUGUAAGUUAUGAAAUGAAAUAUAAAAUUAAUUCUA